AUGCGCAUGAAAAGCAAACACAUAUGCACGGACAAAAGUAAAUAUUAUUAUGAGAUUUUUGGUGAUUGAAGCAUCUAGCUGCUGAUAAGUUCACAAAAAAAAUUCAUUACAGCUAGCAGCGUAGUCAUGGUGAUGUCCGAUCGUCGAGUACCAAAAGCAUAAACAAAAACAUACCAUCACAAACAAAAAUGCUUUCGCGGGUGAAUUCAAAACUGUUGCAUACCGUGCGGCGAUGGUAUUCCUCGAGCAGGCCUACAAUAUUUGGACUCUCAUCAGGUUCCGGAAAAUGCGGUGUUGCUGUUGUGCGAGUGUCAGGUGAUGCCUGUCGAGAUGUGAUGAAGAUUAAAACGCAAAGCGUGACACUGCCCGAACCCCGCAAGGCCGUACUUCGGCGUAUAUUCCAUUCGAAGACGACUGAGAUGAUCGAUAAGGGUUUGGUGCUUUGGUUUCCCGGCCCCAACAGUUUCACCGGAGAAGAUUCCGUCGAGUUUCAUGUCCACGGAGGAGUAGCGGUUGUAAGUGCCAUGUACGAUAGCUUGGGAUCGAUUGACGGCGUACGCUUGGCAGAGCCUGGAGAGUUCACCAAACGGGCAUUCUACGCAGGCAAAAUGGACCUCACGGAGGUAGAGGGCCUAGCCGAUCUGAUUGAGGCCGAAACUGAGGCUCAACGAAAGCAAGCUAUGCUGCAAGCCAAUGGUGAGCUAUCAAAGGUCUACAAUGAACUGAGGAAUAGACUUUUGAGGUGUAUUGCAAACAUUGAGGCCUACAUUGAUUUUGCCGAGGAUCAGGAUGUCGGUGACGAUGUGUUCGAGUCGGUCAAAACAGAUGUUGCGAGCAUAAUCGUUGACGUGAAAGCUCACCUGAAUGAUCAGAGACGUGGCGAAAGACUCAGGUCUGGAGUUCGAACAGUCAUCAUCGGGGCUCCUAACGUGGGGAAAAGCAGUUUCGUCAACCUGCUUAGCAAUAGAAAAGUUUCUAUUGUAACAAAUGUGGCCGGAACUACGCGAGAUAUCAUAGAGAGUCAUCACGAUAUAGGUGGAUAUCCUGUCAUUUUGGCUGAUACUGCGGGCCUAAGAAAAGAAACUAGUGAUAUAAUUGAACAUGAGGGAAUCACGAGAGCCAAAGAUUAUCUCACUGAAGCUGAUUUUAUCGUUCUUAUCGUUGAUGCUGGUAAUUUGCAAAGCUACUUAAAGUCUUCCAAAAAGCAAUUUGAUGAUUAUCUCGAUCAUUACGUAACAUCCCUUGGCUUCAAAGAAAACAUAAUACGCGAUUUCAACUGUAUGAUAAUCAUCAACAAGGUCGAUCUACUAUCUGAAGAGUUUAGAAACGCCAUUGACCGCACAAAAAAUCUGAGCAUGUUGUCAUGUCAAACUGGAGAAGGCCUUCAAAACGUGCUGGAGAAAAUAACGGAAAACCUCAAACACCUAUGUGGAAAUCCUUGCCGAGAAAGUCCCAACAUAAGCCAGCAACGGUAUCGACACCAUUUGAAAGCUUGCAUCCAAUAUUUGGAGAAAUAUUAUGCCUAUUUGAGCCAUGGACCAAACCCAGAUUUAGCCAUAGCCACACAGUACCUUCGAAAUGCAGUGAGAUGUAUCGGGAUGAUUACGGGGAACGUGGAUACGGAGGAAAUUCUAGAUGUAAUAUUCAGAACUUUCUGUAUCGGUAAAUAAAACUACUGUCUUCAUUAAUUCAAUUUA